AUGUGCGCCAUAGACCAUGGCAGUCUCUCAGACAGAGGCGGCUCGGCGAUCCGCCUGGCUCCGUCCACUGACAUAUGCUGUGCUGGCCUCUGGCUGCCUGCUUACAUUGCUGAGCUGAGCCAGCUGACGGAUAGCGUGGCCCCUUUUCCGAGAGAGGCCGCCGACAGAACCUUGCGAAAGGAGUGGCAGAGCACCCGGAGCCAACGAAGCGCACUGGCGGCUGUCCAAGCGGCCGGGCUACCGGAGAACCCCCGGGCUGCUGCAUCCUUGGGCCAGGUUUACUGUCUCAACAUCCCGGGCCACGGGCCUGUUGCCGUUAAGAUUCAGAGGCUUGUUGCGCUGCAAUUCUCCGAGUUUCCGCCAGUCCAUCGGAUGUUUGGUUGGCCUCCGCCCUUGGGAGAAGGUGUGCAGACCCGCGUCAAGAACUGCCUCGUGUCGCAGACAGGGCGGCAGUUGAUGCGCAAAGGGAGCUUCUCUGGACUCGGGGACCCGAUCGGCAUACCCCCAGUCACUCUGAAGCCCUCCCUUGGCACUCCGGGGCCGGGACUCCAGAAGAGCGCCUCGGAUUCUGUGAUUCUGCCGCCCUUGAAAGCCGGCACGGGGCGACCCUCGACUGUGGCCCGGCGCGAGAACCGCAGGAGGCAGAUGCUGGCGGAGCAGAUGAUGGAAAGGACGGAGAGAUCCGAGAACGUCGCAGAGACGGGCUUGGUGACAGAUAGACUCGACAGCUUCGAGGUCUUGUCUGAAGCUUUCGGACACGAUGUCCGAGGCGUUACCGAUCGCCUAGAGGACAUGGCACGCAGCAUCCGCUUCGAGAACUGGCGGUCCAAGACCGAGGAGAGGGAGCGAAAGCGUCGCGAGGAGGAGAAGCGCCUCCAGGAGGAAGAGAAGCGCAAGGUGGCCCUGCGCAUCGAAAAUCGGCGGCGCUUCGACGGCGACAACGAAAAGGCGGCAAGCAUUCCCAUGCAUCCCGUGGAGGCCGGGCAAGGGGGAGGGAAAGACGAAAGACUUCAAAAGCGAAUAUGCAUGUUUUGGGGCUCAGGGAUUAAGCCUAAAGAGCGAAGAUACCCUACAGGCCCUCAAGCCUAA